UUUCAUUGCCUAGCGGACCGUCGGUGCGCUCGCACACGCAUAACUUCGCAUUACGACGAAACAGAAGAAAAAAAAAACAACCACUCAAAGUUACCCCUACUUCCAGCAACAUCAGCAUCGAUCGAAAAAGCGAAAGCCCACCAACGGUCCGAUCGGGCGAAGGUGACUAGCGAGCGUUCGCGAAUUAUUUUGCGCAGUUCCACUCGAUCCGUUCGCCCGACCAGUGGUGUGGUGUGUGUCCUUCUACGUGUCCCGAACCCUCCCGGUGCGCUACCCGGUAUACGGAAGUGGUGUGGCUGUGUACCCGUGUAUGCAGGAGUAGUAUACACCGUGCUUCGGAGUGUAGUUUCGACGGGAGUUUUGGGAUAGUUGAAGCGAAAACCCAGCUUUUCACCGUGAGUGCGUUUGUGAAUGCGUGCGUGCCGUACUACAGUGCGGUAAAGUGCUCGUAAAGGUGUACGCCGGGGGAAGCAGUGACAACAGCAGCAAGAUAAAAGCAUUUGAAUUUUGGCAGUGUUACCGAGGAAAGGCGUGGAAAGCCUCCGAUCGAAGUGAACCGAUUGUAGAGCUCGGUGCAAGUUUUUGUGCAGCAAACAGCGAAACAAAAUGGCCAUAGACUGGCGAAAUCGUGUGAACAUAUUAUCCCUCGGGAUUCUGCUGGUGGUGGUUGCCCUGACGGUGGAAGGCGUUCGCGUACAGCAACACACGUCCAGAAGAUUCAAAGAUGAAUCCUUUGGACACGAUCAGACACCGGCCUCCUCGUGGUGGAGUUCACACCUGACGGAGCCACCGAGCAAAAACUUCUACCAGGCAACGCACGGACUGCUGCAGACACACCCAUCCGCGCCCAGCCUGAAGCCGGUUGGUGGCCCAUCGGCACUGCCGCUGAGCUCGGGAGCCCGCAAAGCACCGGCCGCAUCCUCGUCAGCCCUGAACAGUGGCUUUCCAUCCAUUGCCAACCCGAACCCACGGUCGCCGUUUCGCCAUCUGGACUUUAGCACCAGUGCGACGGCCGAACUUCGGCGCAAUCCCAGUCUCUCGGCCCCGGACGAGUGUGCGCGUGCCUGUCGCGAGGGAGAACCGCCAAGGAUUUGCUACUACCACUUCACCGUUGAGUACUACACCGUACUGGGAGCCGCUUGCCAGGUUUGCACACCGAACGCUACCAACACCGUCUGGAGCCACUGUCAGUGCGUUCUGGCCGAUGGUGUCGAGCGCGGCAUCCUCACCGUGAACCGUAUGAUCCCCGGACCGUCCAUCCAGGUGUGCGAGAACGAUCGCGUUGUGAUCGACGUCGAGAACCACAUGGAGGGUAUGGAGUUGACCAUUCACUGGCACGGUAUCUGGCAGCGUGGCACACAGUACUACGACGGUGUACCAUUCGUCACACAGUGUCCGAUUCAGCAGGGCAACACCUUCCGUUACCAAUGGACAGGAAACGCAGGAACACACUUCUGGCACGCCCAUACCGGUCUGCAGAAGCUGGACGGUCUGUAUGGAAGUAUCGUCGUGCGUCAGCCACCGUCGCGCGAUCCCAACUCGCACCUGUACGACUUCGAUCUGACCACGCACAUUAUGCUGGUGAGCGAUUGGCUGCACGAGGACGCCGCUGAGCGUUAUCCGGGCCGUCUGGCCGUCAACACCGGUCAGGAUCCCGAAUCGCUGCUGAUCAACGGUAAGGGACAGUUCCGCGAUCCGAACACCGGUUUCAUGACCAACACGCCGCUGGAAAUCUUCACCAUCACGCCCGGACGUCGGUAUCGUUUCCGCAUGAUCAACGCCUUUGCCUCGGUCUGUCCGGCCCAGGUUACCAUCGAGGGACACGCACUCACGGUCAUCGCUACCGACGGUGAGCCGGUACAUCCGGUGCAGGUUAACACCAUUAUCUCGUUCUCGGGAGAACGUUACGAUUUCGUCAUCACCGCCGACCAGCCGGUCGGUGCUUACUGGAUCCAGCUGCGAGGACUCGGCGAAUGUGGUAUCAAGCGUGCCCAGCAGCUGGCCAUCCUUCGGUACGCUCGCGGACCGUACCAACCAGCCUCACCGCCCCCAACGUACGAUGUCGGUCUUCCUCAGGGCGUUGUCAUGAAUCCACUCGACGCUCAGUGCAACGUCCAGCGGGACGAUGCCAUCUGUGUCAGCCAGCUGAAGAACGCGAAGGAAAUCGAUCGUGCGCUGCUGCAGGAAAAACCGGACGUCAAGAUUUUCCUCCCAUUCCGCUUCUAUCUCUACCGCCCGGAGGAACUCUUCCAGCCGAACACGUACAACCGAUUCUUGGUCGCCCCAACCGGAGACCACGUCAUUUCGCUGAUUGACGAGAUUUCGUAUCUGUCUGCACCGGCCCCACUGCUGUCCCAGUUCGACGACAUCAACCCGGAGCAGUUCUGCAACGGUGAUAACCGACCGGCCGACUGUGGUGCAAACUGCAUGUGCACGCACAAGGUCGACAUACCGCUCAACGCCAUCGUGGAGGUCGUUCUUGUCGAUGAAGUCCAACAACCGAAUCUGAGCCAUCCGUUCCAUCUGCACGGUUACGCGUACAACGUGAUCGGUAUCGGCCGCUCACCGGACUCGAACGUCAAGAAGAUCAACCUGAAGCACGCGCUCGACCUCGAUCGGCGUGGUCUGCUGCACAGGCAGUACAAUCUGCCCCCGCUCAAGGACACCAUUGCCGUCCCGAACAACGGCUACGUCGUACUGCGAUUCCGUGCCGACAAUCCAGGAUUCUGGCUGUUCCACUGUCACUUCCUGUUCCACAUCGUGAUAGGAAUGAACCUGAUCCUGCAGGUCGGCACACUCGCCGACCUUCCACCGGUGCCACCGAACUUCCCCACGUGCGGUGAUCAUUUACCACCGAUCAACUGAGGCGUCGGAUCACCCAUUUCGGUCCGCUCCGGUGGAUGGGCCGACCAGGCCUCCACCGGCUAGGCAGGACGAAUGGACGAAAACCAUUUACACCACACCACAGGGACCAUCAUAUCAAGUUAUGAACGAGAAAGAAAAAUUGUUUUUAAUUCGCUUUUACGGCAAGCGUGCGAGAACGGGGUUGCGGUCAUUGACGUCAGCCAUUGUUCGCAUACGAUCGCUACCUUUACUACUGCCUUGUUUUAUCGUUUUGUCGACUACUUGCUUUCGGUUACGUUCUCAACACUCGUGAGACUCGUGGCCAACAUGUUUUUGUUCCCCUCUUUUGCUUCCAAAAUUAUCUUCCAAUUGCUGAGCUUCCAAAACCACACCGGGGAUGUGAGGUCUUUCCUCGCAAAAGGCAAAAAAAGCCUUCCCCCAAAACAAUGAGAAUACUCUUCUGCUGCUGAGCGGACUUUACAACCAACCCUCUCAGUGACAGUUUUUACCGUUUAAUUAUUAUAUCCUCUACGUAUUUUUUUUUUAUUGAUGUAUCCAUUCGAUGUAAUCCCGAUUGCGUACCCGGUCCAGUGCGUGAGAUUGCGCGCGACGGUUGCCUACGGACGUUCACGUACGAGUUUUAUUCUUUCAUGUUGUAAUUUAUAGCGCAAAGCUUCCAGUGUUUAAGUAAAUUAAUUGUAGAUAGAACUAGGGAGAGAAUGAGAGAGAGAGGGAGAUGGGGGGGAGAGAGAGAAAGAGAAGGAUACUCUCUCCCUCUCUCUCUUCAACUUCAACUCUAAUGGGAACGCUGUCGGGCGGGAUGAACGCUGUCCACCAAGCCGGACGAGGAACGAUUUUGGAAUUGAUUGCAUUUUGGGGCUUACGAUGAUCGAGACGGUGCAUAGGCUCGGGGAAUCGAUUAAAAUACAUAGCAUCAUGCCACAGACACACACACCGGGAGAUACAGACGAGGAUGGAGGUGAAAAAUCAACAAGCGAAUCUAACGAUUUACCAGCGACCAGCGGUUCACGUUUGUUGCCAUAUUUGUUUGCUAAUGUCGAUUUCAUGUUCUAUGUUUUAUGUUUGUUUUUUUUCUUACUCUUACUUGUUUUAGUUGUUCUUUUUCCUUUUCUAUGUUCUCUUUUAUGCUUUCUGUUUUUUUGUUUUCUUUUUCUACAAUUUUCCAACUUAUUUUAGCAAAUCAUAAAGCAAACUGAAACCCAAAGCUGGGAGGUUAUACCUUUGUUUCUCUUCUUGUUUCGUUGCCUCCUCCUCCUCGUGCAACCCAUCAAUCAUAACCCAAAAACAACACCGAUCAUAUCCUCACACAGGCACACACACACAUCAAUAACAUCAAUCCAUUACGGUAGAAGAAGAAAAAAAUGAGCAAGCAGCGAGAAUGAUACAACCCAACAGGCAACAUACUCCUCCUCAUCAGCCCCAUCGCGUAGGAUUUGAUGGAUAGUUUGUAAAUAUUUGAUAACAAUACUCAGUGGUUCGGGGACGCGAUACAUUGUGGCGGUUGUCUGGACCGUGCCGGACACCAGACCGCAACCAACCGACCCGAGAUGGACAUCGUUCCAUCAUCUCAACUCACAACUAUCACAACUACCCUUUAGCAAUCACUCCUCCCCCUUCCGAUCUACUGGAGGGUGCAAACGUUUAACACAGCAUUACAUUGUAAAUACUCAUAGCUCCGGCCUGCCAGCAGAACGGCUAUACAUAGAUACUGUGGUCUACCACCUUCACAACACUUCACUCCGAUCCUAUUCCAUUUUCUGUGUAUUAUAAAUCAACGUUUUUCGUGCGUCGUAAUCCGUUUUUGUAGUUUUCCUAUGUUUUUUCCGAUUGAUUUUUCGCUUUCCCACUCUACUUUGCCUUGGUAGAAAAUCGAUGCACCCGACCACAAAACAAAACAAUCAAACCAGAUAAUGAGAUUGAGUUGUAUGAAAUAAAAAACAACCCCUCGGACAGCCCUACACUAUAUUAAUCUAGAAAAAGUUCAAACACAAUCCCGCCAAAAAAACAGACGUCCCCGAUUGUGCAAAAGUAAUAGGAGCGCGAGACAAAACCAGCUAAGCAUAGAUCUGCCACUAUUAAAGAGAAAGUUUAUUUUUUGUAAAAAAAACUACUUGUA